GUCUGAUACGCGUCUCUAUGAGGCCCAUAUUCUUUCUCGCCAUUACCGAUCCUCAAUCCCUUCAAAUCCCCCACAUCUCUCUUCGCUUGAGCACCAAACCCCAGCCCUUCUCUCUCCUUUCUCUCUCAGAACCAAACAAGAAACUGCAACUAUUAAGGACCAAGGAUUCAUCAAUUCUGAAUUCUUGUAGAAAAAAUAAUAAUCAAGAAAUGGCCCAAAGAACGGAGAAAGAAGAGACCGAGUGCAAGGUACCAGAAAACUUGACUUUAUGUAUCAAUAAUUGUGGAGUUACAGGUAAUCCAGCAACAAACAAUAUGUGUCAGAAAUGUUUCAACGCUAGCACCAGCACAUCUAAUCCCUCCUCCACCACCAGCAACACCACCGCCGCCACCACCACCACCAUAACAUUUGCAGCAACAACCAACGGUGUGUCUACCAACGAGAUCUUAAAAUUCACCAGCGAGAAAUCGUUGAGAUCCAGUAUAUCUCGCUCGCUGGCGAAGGAUCAUCAAAAGCAACCAAAAACAGCAUCGGAUAAAGAAAGAUCUGACAGUUCUUCCGUGGCGAAGAAAGAGGUGAACAGGUGCUCAGGGUGCCGACGAAGGGUAGGGUUGACCGGAUUCCGAUGUCGUUGUGGGGAGCUUUUCUGCUGGGAGCACCGCUACUCAGAUCGACAUGAUUGUAGUUACGAUUACAAAACUGUAGGUCGCGAAGCUAUCGCGAGAGAGAAUCCUGUUGUGAAAGCUGCGAAGAUUGUUAGAGUUUGAAACAAGAAAAAGAACGUGUUGUUCGUGCUUGCAAAACAUCUGGCUGAUCGAUUCUCUCGAUCUAAACCCAGUAGAUCUCGAUCGAGCGCGUGCUAGCAAGGCAUGCCAUUGAAUCACCAUGGAUUUCAAGUUAUCAAGAUGCUUAAAGACCGAGAUCAAGAUUGAAAUUAUUCGUGUUGUUGGAUCAAUCUAUAAUUUUAUUUUAUUUUUGCAUUUCUUCAGAAAUGAAAGAUUAUUAUUAAUAUUAUUAUUAUCAUGGCAAUUAUUGUGCUUUACCGGAGUUAUGCUUGAUGUUUUUGUUUUUGUGUUUUUUUUUAAGAAUUUGGACAUGGUGGCUGUUGGAAAUCUUGAUGAUGGUAAUGGCAUGUGAAUGUAAAUCGGACGGGAACAGCGUGGGCUUUUAUGUCUAUUUAGAUUGCAUGUGGAACUGGAAAUUUCAUUUGUAAGCUUUAGAAAGCUCCGGACCCAUAUGUUGCCAUGCGAUGUUAUGUGCGCUUAAAAUAUCGUGAGAUUUAAAUAA